UCGUUAGCGAGAUUAGAGAUGCAAUAGAUAUGAAUAUCCAAUAGUAGGUUCCACCAUCUGUUCCCGAGGUGAUGGAGAGAAGGGUUGUGUGGAAAGAAUGCCCUGAGCUUUAGUAGAGCUGGGGACAGGACACGGACCCACCGGUUCUGACCUUAAGCUCCUGAUCCACAGCCUCCUCCUUCACGUGUGCGUCUCACCCAUGGCUCGUCUUCUUCUGCUGUGUUUGUGUGCGGCGUUAAAUUAUAACCUGCCUCUCUGAACACGCAUGCGUGAGGCUCCUCAGGCAGCUGCUGUGCGUUCGUCAGCGGCUGGACAGCUGGUGACCUCCUCCUCCUCCUCCUCCUUUAUUCUGCUCUGUUCAGAGCAGAGCAGACACUUCACUUCACUGCUGGACAUAAACUUCAUUUUACCAGGGUGGUUUGAGGAUCCUUCAUUUGCUGAGUGGCUGUGGAAAAAGACGACUGCUUGUUCCAGGAUGUUUUAAUUUACGUUUACGGACGAUUCUGGACAAUCUGUGCAGUAAUGGUAGCGUUGGUGAUGUCGACCGUCUCUAUGCUCCUGCUGCAGCUGCUCGUCUCCUCUCAUCUCGUCUGCUCGUCCCCUCUGACCAAGAGGCCGCCGCUGUGUGACGCCGGCUUCUGCGGCGCCGGCAGGGAGUGCGUCUGGGGCGAGCGAGGAGAACCCGUCUGCCGCUGCUUACAGCGCUGCGACGCGUCCCAGCGCUGGGUUUGCGGCAGCAACGGCAGAUCCUACAGGAACCACUGCGAGCUGCACAGGGACGCCUGCAUCACCGGGACCAGGCUGCACGUGGAGCACGGAGGACGGUGCGAGGACGCCUCAGAGAACCCAGCGAGGACGGCGGCGAGUCCCAUUGUGUGUUUCCUGUCUGAUCGCGACUGGCUGAGAGGGAGAGUGAUCCAGUGGAUUCAGGAGGAGGUGGACUCCAACUCCUCGUCGCCUCACGACCUCCUGCAAACCUACUUCCAGAUUUAUGACGAUGGAGAUUCACAGCUGGACUCCAAAGAAUUCCUGAGAUUCCUGAUCCAUAAUGAGACGGCCCUCAACCUGACCUUCUCUGACGCGCUGGAGACCAACCUGCUGCUGAGGUCUCUGUGUGUUGAUGCUCUGAUUGAGCUGUCAGAUGAAAACGCCGACUGGAAGCUGAGUUUAGCUGAGUUUACUAACUGUCUGACGCCCACGUACCACCCACCAGAAAGAAAGUGCGCUCUGGAGGACGAGGUGUUCGAGGACGGCGCUGAAACUCAGAUGGAGUGUAAUAAAUGCGUGUGUGCCUGUGGGAGCUGGGUUUGCACUGCUCUGACCUGCAACGGACAGCUUCAGGUUGAGCAAGAUGUGAAACAGGAAGAAGAAGAAGAAAUGACGGAGGAGGAGUGGAGCAGGAGGGUGGUGGAGCUCAACGCCGUCCAGGAGACCUUCACCUGAGCUCAGAGCCACUGCACCGAGCAGGAAGACAAAGCCACAGCUGACAGAAUCGUUUCACUGACACUGAGGGUCGAAUGCCAAAACGUGUGUGUGCAGGUUGGGACCCACUGAGAAGUCGCUGUGUGACUGUUACUGACAUGAUGUUAUAUUCGCCCAUAUCUGGAGUUUUGAUUAAACAUUUUUUCACAUUAAAAUGAUUUGGACUUUG